GUACAGGUUGGAUAUUUAUCACUAAUAUUUGUUUUGUGAUCUCAUCGUUUAUAGACGUUCAACGUUUAUCUGAAAACUACACAUUUUUUACUAAGAAUGGCCCUUGUUAUUGAAAAGGUAGUGGAUGGAUUAACCUUUGCAGAAUCGCCUUAUUGGGACGCAAACAAUCAGUGUCUCUAUUUUGUUGACCUUAUGGAAAGUACAGUUUUUAGGUACGCACCGAGGAGCAAGCGAAAAUUACGGCAGGUUAAAAUAGAAAACCAUAAAAUAUCAAUGAUAAUUCCAGUGAUAGAUAGAAAAAAUCGUUUUAUAAUUGGACUAAACAAUUCCAUAGCAGUUAUGGACUGGAACAGAAAAGAUGGUGAAGUAAAGUCAAUCAAUAAACUUUACGAAGUUGACAUCGAUCACGUAAACUUUUUUACUAGCGGAAAAUUUGACAGAACUGGAAGGUUAUGGGCAGGCACUACUACAGACUAUGGCGUAUCUGGAAAUUUUAGAGGCAAGCUCUAUAGUUUUGAUGAAGAUGGUGUUGUCAAGUGCCAUCGACAAGGAAUCGGUAUUUCCAAUGGUAUAGCUUUUGAUUAUACUAAUAAGAAAAUGUAUUAUACAGACUCACUAAGCCAAAGAAUCGAUCAAUACGACAUUGAUUUCAACACCGGAUCAUUGUCAAACAGGCAAGUUAUUUUCUCGCUUUCCAACCAUCCAGAAUUUGAAGACGAUGCCAUAUGUGGUGGCAUGACCUUAGAUAAAGACGGAAACCUAUGGGUGGCAAUCUUUGAAUCUUCAAGGGUGUACAAAAUUAAUCCAAAAAUAUCGGACACUGUGUUGCAAAUAUUGCAAUUUCCAAACUCACAAAUAACUUCUAUUACAUUUGGAGGAAAACAACUGGAUGAGUUGUAUGUAACUUCAGCAGGUAUUCAAGGAAAUAUGGAAGAAAUCCACGGAUGUGUCUUUCGGGUUACUGGUUUGGAUGUUAAGGGAGUGCCAGCAGACAAAGGCGUUGUUCUUUAAAAUCAUGCAAAAGAGAUAAAAUAAUAUAAUAUUUUCUAUUUAUUUUAAUAAUUUCUAAAUAAAUUAC